CCACUGCAGAUUGAGACUAUUGAACUUCCAAUGGAUCCAAAGACAAAUAAGAGGAGAGGCUUUGUCUUCAUUACUUUCAAGGAGGAAGAGCCCGUCAAGAAAGUUGUAGAAAAGAAAUAUCACAACGUCAGCGGAACCAAGGACACAAAUGGAAAAGAAGGCCUUUGCGAGAUUAAGAUUGCACAGCCAAAAGAAGUGUACCAGCAGCAGCAGUACGGGGGUCGUUUUGGAGGAAGAGGAAGGGGGCGUGGAGGCCAGGGUCAGAACUGGAAUCAGGGCUACAAUAACUACUGGAAUCAAGGCUACGGUAACCAAGGCUAUGGCUAUGGCGGUCAGCAAGGUUAUGGUGGAUACGGAGGCUAUGGCAACUACGAUUACUCGGGUGGAUACUACGGCUACGGCGGCGGAUAUGACUACAACCAGGGCAAUACAAGCUAUGGAAAAACUCCAAGACGUGGGGCUCACCAGAGUAGCUACAAGCCAUACUGAUCAUGUGUAGUGCAGGUCGUAAAGCUACCGAGCAGGAACCAGCGGUCUGGUCACAGUGAACAUUGGGGUCUUUUACUUUUGGAAGUUGGCAGAAUCUGGACUUCUGCUUCAUUUUGUACAGAAAACAUAAGGAAUUGGGGGGCGCAAAUGUCACUUCUCACAUUUUUGUUUUAUAAUUUUUUUUUUUUUUUUUUUUUUUUCUUGUUGUGUCCUUUUACAUUUCCAGAGAUGGAAGUGUUAUUUUUUUACUGUACUUUUUGGUACCUUUUUGAAUCUAAUGUUAUUGUAUGGUUGUAUUUUACAUCAUGGCUGUGUCUAUUACAUCUAGGCUCAGAGCUCUCAAAAUGCUUUCAAAAUAAACAGUUUGUUAAUUUUUCUUUAGUGUUUCUAGACUUUUUUUUUUUUCUCCCCUCCUGUCACCUGUGCUCUGUGUUAAAGUUGCAUGGCUUCAAGGUGAGAUAAAAAGGGAUUUCCUUACGAUUGUAAGCUUGUCCAUUUGAAAUCUGUUAGUGGCAAGUCUUGGUGACUUCAUUUGUUUUUUUUGUUUUGUUUUUUUUGCUUUUGGUUUUCCCUCUACUGCUUUUAAGGAGAUUUCCUCCCAUCUUGUUAGAUAUUUAAGAGUGGCUUUAAUAGUGAUUCAACUAUACCUCAAAACAUACACAGGUAACUGUAACAAGAUUCUUUCUCGAAACACUGGAUACACAUUCUUCCAGUGUCUUGGACAAAUUUCAAGAAAUAAACUUGAUUUUUAAGAUGUC